CCUCCUCUUCCUCCUCCUUCUCCUCCUCCUCCUGGGGGGGGGGGGUGUGGAGAAUCAGAAGAGAGGAGAGACACCAUCCACUACUGCAACGCAAAGCCUUUUUUUUUUUUUUUUUUUUUUUUUGGCCAGCGUCUAUAAGCGACGCACGCAUACACAGCACAUACAAAUACACACAUACACGCACGCAAGGCGAUUGUGUUGCUUUUUUUCCCCCUGGGAGAAAAAAAAAAAGGGAGAGUAAAAGAGAGGGCAAAAGAGAAGAACUCAUCUGACCGAGAGAGGAUUUUCAUUUCGCAGCUGCUGCAUUCGGACUGAGCUCUUUCCUCUCCUCUCCUCCGUCUUGCCCCCCCUCCUUCUCCCUUUCUCUCUGUGUGUUUGUAUAUAUGUAUGUGUAUGUAUGCACACACUGAGGGCAUUGCGAGACUUUUAGACACCAGAUCUGAAAAAUACCGCCUCCGCCGCAGCGACAGGAAGAAGGGGGAAAAAUCACCACCAUCAUCACCAUCACCAUCAUCACCAACAAAUAAACGAUCCAGAGGGAGAAGAGGAAGAGAGGCAGAGUGAGAAAGAGGGUCGCUCGUUGAUGUGAUCUUUUUUUUUUUUUUUUUCUUUCUUAAAGACAACUUUGGCUGCGUGACGCGUCAAGGGAGCUGCAAGGGCUAAGAGGACAGGGUGCCCGGCGCCUCCCUAUAAAGCGGAGCCCAGCGAGUCACGACUCGGCAGCAGCACUGGCUGCCUCGAGGAGAAACUGUGUUUUCUUUUGCUGGGAGGGCGCUCAGGUGUGUGUUCUGGGGACCCGCUACAGCACAGAGACGGUGCUGGAACAUUUUAUGCCUUCUUUCUUUUCCAAGUUGAAUUAAGCCCUCUCACCUCACCUUGGCGACUUCGGACUAAAAUAAUUUUUUUCUUUUUCUUUAUUUUUUUAAAUUUAAUUUUUUGUUUUGUUUUUAAACGAGGACUGCAGGGGUGGCAAAUCCUAAGAGAAAUGAAGAGAAAGCUGCAGAUUUUGUUUUGCUUUGAGGGAUCUAGUUGGAUGUGACCCCUGUUGCUUGCCCUCUUCUUCUCGCCUUAUCUCCCCCUCCAGUCCCGGGGCUGCUCCGGCCGCUGCUUCCCCUCCCUGAAGCCCCAGCCCGGUUCUCUUUUCGCUUCCCUUCCCCCCUUUCCCCGUGAUCUGUUGCCUUCCCUCCAUCUCACCCCCUCCCCCUUCCCCUCCCCGCCCCGGGUUCCUCCCGUGCGCGCUUUCCUUCGCUUCGCUUCUCCCCACGUCCUCCUCCCCUUCCUCCCCAAGCAAAGAACUGCCGCCGAGGCUACAUACUCCCUACCCCCAACCCUAAGCAGCCUUCCCCUUCCCCCACCCCCCCAAACCCCAGACCUCCACUCCAGGCUCUUAGCAGUCAGCGAGGGGAAGAGGACCAGAGCUUUGGGGGGCGGGGGAGGGCGCGCGUUGUAUCCCUGGCUCCCUUUCUGCGCCCUCCUUGCGCACCAUGGACGGGCUGCCCGGGAGGGCGCUGGGAGCCGCCUGUCUUCUGCUCCUGGUAGCUGGCUGGCUGGGUCCGGAGGCCUGGGGCUCGCCGACACCUCUGCCUUCCCCUGCGGCCCCACCGGGAGCUGAGGGCGCUCCCCCAGACACUUGCACGUCGUGUGGCUUCAGGCGCCCAGAGGAGCCGGGCAAAGUGGACGGCGACUUCUUAGAGGCUGUGAAGCGGCAUAUUCUCAGUCGGCUGCAGAUGCGGGGCCGCCCCAACAUCACCCACGCGGUGCCCAAGGCCGCCAUGGUGACCGCCCUGCGCAAGCUGCAUGCGGGAAAGGUGCGGGAAGACGGCCGAAUGGAGAUCCCGCACCUCGACGGGCAUGCCAGCUCGGGCUCAGAUGGCCAGGAACAGGUGUCAGAGAUCAUCAGCUUCGCGGAGACAGAUGACCUUGCCUCUUCCAGGGUCCGCCUGUAUUUCUUUAUCUCCAACGAAGGCAACCAGAAUCUGUUUGUGGUGCAAGCCAGCCUGUGGUUAUACUUGAAAUUGCUCCCUUAUGUCCUUGAGAAAGGUAACCGGCGCAAAGUUCGGGUCAAAGUGUACUUCCAGGACCUGGACCGCAACGACAAGUGGAAUGUGGUGGAGAAGAAGGUAGAUCUCAAGAGGAGUGGCUGGCACACUUUCCCCCUGACCGAGGCGAUUCAGGCCCUGUUUGAGAAAGGGGAGAGGAGGCUCAACCUGGAGCUGCAGUGUGAGGGCUGCGAAGAGCUUGCUGUGGUCCCUGUCUUUGUGGACCCUGGGGAAGAAUCUCACCGACCCUUCUUGGUAGUGCAGGCUAGACUGGCAGACAACAAGCACCGGAUCCGAAAAAGGGGGCUGGAGUGUGACGGCAGGACCAAUCUCUGUUGCAGGCAACAGUUUUUUAUUGACUUCCGACUCAUUGGGUGGAAUGACUGGAUCAUUGCGCCCACGGGUUACUAUGGGAAUUACUGUGAAGGGAGCUGCCCGGCCUACUUGGCCGGAGUCCCAGGGUCAGCUUCCUCUUUUCACACCGCUGUGGUGAAUCAGUACCGAAUGCGAGGGCUGAACCCAGGGACCGUGAACUCCUGUUGCAUUCCAACCAAACUCAGCACAAUGUCAAUGCUGUACUUUGACGAUGAAUACAACAUUGUGAAGAGGGACGUUCCCAAUAUGAUUGUGGAAGAAUGUGGCUGUGCUUGAUUUAAGGGGUGGGGAAGCUGGGGUGGGGGGAGAACAUUCCCAGACUAGAUCCUUGCAGACGUCGGCGUUGACAAAAGUCACUGUGGAGAGUUGGGUCUGGCCGUUUCAUUGGGGUGCAAAGAUGGUGCCGGCUUGUGAAUCUUGGACAUUUAAAUUUUGCCAUUGCUUGAAAAAAAAAAAGAGAACCCAUGAAUGAAAUGAAAUACCUUAGAAUGCACAUGUACACAUACACACACACACACAUAUACACGCAGCCACACACACAGCCACCCACUGAGCAGCUUCCAGAAUACUAGCAAAUGGAUACAGUGACAAAUGGCAACCUAUCUAAAAACGCCUGUCAGUCCGAGCGAAUGGGUAAGCAGCCGUUAUUCCCACCAGCUGUCCAAGCUGAACUGAAAUGAGUUCUCCAUGCUCACAUAAAAGCACAAAGAGAGAGCGCUCGAGGACGAUGGGGAGAGAGGGAAUGAGGCGGGGGUUGGGGGGGUGCAGUAGGAGCUACGUUUCCUUAUGUGUUUCUGUAAGAGUGACUGUCACCUUUUAAGGCUCUACCUGCUGCUGAAGGUGAUGGCUUCCUCUCUCGGUUCAGGCUCAGUGAUGUUGAGAAUCACAGAUAUUCGUCUCUUCCUGAAGCCCUUCCAGAAAAAGAGAGGGAGGCUCCGAGAGAAUACAGUCAGACAGAGACAGUAAUGCAGAGGCAAAAACAGUGUGACUUUGCACUGUACCCUGACUUGUCACCCAAAUGAGAUUGUGGGGAGGGGGUGGAGACAGGGCUUGGGGGGGUGGUGGGGAGACACAUUAUUUGAUGCUUUAACUGAUCGCAGAAGGAGUUCCAUAGAUCAAUAUGCCAGUUGUGUAAACUGAAAAGGGACUUUUUUCUCCCCGGUCUAACCUUCAGUUAAAAAUCUGAACUGUUCUAAAUUGGGGGGAGAAUAUUCCAAGUUGCAGUCUGUAUUCUUGGAUGGGGCCUUCCUCCAGGACUGGUUGGGGCCGGGCAAGCAAGUCCUCUGUGGCCCAUGAACCUAUCAGUGGUCCCCCAAAGCGGAAGUGACAUGAUGGAUGGAUGCAUGCACCGAUCAGAGCUCCCAGUGUUUCACCUAGUAUCUGCAGAGGAGCAGUUUUAACUGGUCUUGGAAAGGAGGAGAAUGAAUGCUUUCGGUUUCCUCACCGGGAGAUGUCUACAACGGCCAAGAAGAUCUGAAAACACCGAUCCAGCAUAGCACUUGCAAAACAUCUUGAAGGCCUACUCUGUAACAGUUGCUGAUCUCCAUCCAUGUCUUCAGAAGUGGUACUUGACAGUGCAUUUACUGUGGCUCACCAUCUAGUUAAACAAGUGCCACGUGAGCUAUGCAAUUUAAAGUGUUGACCCAUAUUAGAUGAAACUGGACUUAAAAUAAUGACUUUUUAUAUUUUUUUAUACUUGAAAUGAAAUCUUUUGCUUCUUUUUUAAGCGAAUGAUUGCUUUUAAUGUUUGCACUGAUUUAGUUGCAUGAUUAGUCAAAAACUGCCAUUUGAAAAAAAAGAGUUAUUUUUAUAGCAGCAAAAAUGAAUACAGUUAAAUGUAUUAUACAUAAUUUUGGAACCAAAGAGGCCAACAUAUUAGUUAUGAUUUUUAUUAGAUGGCUAGGCCAUCACAUAGGAUGUAGACAUUCUGAGCAAUCCCUUGGGUGGCCUGCCAAUUAUUUCAGGGUACAAAUGGAUUUCGUUUAUUCAGUUCAAUGUUUUUUUCUAUACCAUACGCACACAGAAUGUAGAAAGAAAACAACUGUAGAAUGGAGAAGUGCAUCCUUAAAUCCCCAAUUUUAUGUUUAUUUAAUAAAGUACCUUUUAGGUUCUGUUUCAUAAUAAUUUAAAACCAAACAAUUUUCACAUAGAUUUGCUGUUAAAAUAUUUUACAUUUGUGUACAGUUUAAGUAAAUAAAAAAAAGCAAGAUUGAAAAUACUAUUCUUGCAGUAUAUAAUGUUUGGGGAAAUAUAGCUUUCAGAAUUGCUACAGUGGGUAGGGAAAAACUAAAUACAAUCAUGUUUGAUCUAA